AUGUCAUAUCGGAGACCAGCUAUGCCUCUGCCGCGGAGUAGUGACAAAAACCUGAGAGCGGAGAUGGAUGGCUUGUCGAUCAAGCCUACUCCGCCACAAAUUCCACCGCGGAAAUAUACGCAUACAAUUACUGACUCCCUUGACGUCUCACAAAACGGAGAAGAGGCCAUUAUGUCAAUACAGACCGCCGCCAACAUUUUCUCAUCAGCACUUUCUUUAUCUCCACCGUUGAACUUGUUUUCAUGUGUAACCCAUCCUGUGGAAAUUCCUGCGAAUGUUAAUACUCGAAAUGCUGCGGUGAGUACGAAUAAAUUCUAUGGUAAUCUUUUAUUAGGGUCGCAAACGAACCCAGCAUGGACUCAUCCUUAUUCGUUUUUUUGGUCGAAAGACAGCUACCUAGGUUUAGCGGUUUCUUACGUUAGAGAGAGGGACAGAGUUUUUGGUCCUGGGUCUCCACCCCAAUACUUUUUCGGUCCCGUUGGUAUCAAGUCUUUUGUGUUUGGCUCUGCAGACUUUGCUGACCAAACCCAAAUGUCACUGGGAUUUGAAAAUAUCAAGCAUAUGUCGAUUGAAGUUAAGCUUUUCAAAAGCAGAGAUCAAUUUAUCUCCUUCCCGCUAGUGCAGGGAAUGGGUUUCGCGACUGCAGUAUAUUGCAAUCUGAUUCCUACCUUAUUUUCAGCUGUUGGAUUCAAAAGCGUGGUGGCACAAACUUCACCUCGGUGGGGACUACAAAAAUAUAUCAUAAUCUUAGAAAAUGAUGUUACGUGGACUCUCUAUGUUACUGUACCAUCUGGCCAGUCUCUCUCGCUUUCACUCGCCAAUCCUAAUCAGCUCGUCGGAGACAGACGAGUAAAUGGCUGCGUUUAUCAAUUGGUUGCUGAUACAAAUCCGGCAAUUGAUGCAGCUGCUGGAUGUUAUCCGACGGACUGUGCUUUGUCGGGGUUGGUUUCUGGAUCACUUGGGAAAUAUCAAUUCGUCUACAACGUUAGGGGUUCAUCAAAUACAGGCAGAACACUUAUGUACGCCUUGCCUCAUCACGUCGCCGAUUUUACCCCUUCCAUGAACUGUAGACGGAUCAACUCCUUUUUGACUUCAGUUACUUGUGGCAAAAUGGUUGGCUAUCUCACAAAUAUCUUUGAUCUUCAAGUGGAAGUUCCAAAAAACGUCGGAUUUGAACCUUUUACAACCAUUCCCGGAAAAAGUACUCCAAAAUACUCGGCAGCUGUCCUAGAAUCGAUCGAAACCGCUGCCACAGAAGAAGUGGAUGCUGAUGUUGUUAACGAGUCGAAUCUUGAUUCUAUGUAUUUUGCUGGUAAGGUGCUAGCGAAAUACGCCUGGAUUCUUUACUGUUGUCAGUAUGUCAUCAAAAAGCCACAUCUGGUUCAGGUUCUUAUGCCAAAAUUGAAAGCGGCCAUUUCGAGGUUUACCAGCAAUCAACAAAUUUUACCACUGCACUACGAUACUACAUGGAGAGGAAUUAUUUCCUCUGGGGAUAGCUCACAAGAUUUCGGCAACUCUUAUUACAACGACCACCACUUUCAUUAUGGUUACCACGUUAUAGCAGCUGCGAUUGUUGCUCUAGUUGACCGAGACUCUGGCGACUCUUCCUGGCUCAAAGCGAACAGAACCUGGGUCGAGAAUCUAAUCAGGGACUAUUCAAAUCCUAAUGAAGACGAUAGUCGUUUUCCGGUUUUCAGAUCAUUUGAUUGGUUUGCUGGUCACUCUUGGGCUAAGGGUUUGUUUGAAAGCGGCGAUGGGAAAGACCAAGAGUCUAGCUCUGAAGACGUGAACGCUGCUUUGGCUCUCAAGUUAUGGGGUAUAGUUACCAAUGAUGUCAGACUUCAGGGCAUAGGUAACUUAGAACUCGGUAUCAUGAAAACAUCCCUAAACAGCUACUUUCUAUAUUCGGACGACAACUCGGUCAUGCCUCCAGCUUUCAUCCCCAACAAGGUGAGUGGUAUUCUGUUCGAAAAUAAGAUUGAUCAUACAACAUAUUUUGGCAGUUUACCACAGUAUAUUCAAAUGAUUCAUGCAAUUCCAGUUACACCAGCGUCUUCAUUCAUCAGGUCUCCCACGUUUGUCGAGCAAGAAUGGAAAGAAAUGCUUGCCCCUAUAAUCGAUGAAAUAGAGGAUGGCUGGAAAGGAAUAAUGAUGCUCAACGUGUCACUAUUUGACCCUGGAGCUUCCUACGAAUUUUUCAGCAGUCCAAAAUUUUCCAGCAAAUAUUUAGAUGGUGGACAAAGCAAGACAUGGUCUCUAGCUUAUUCCGGUGCUUUCAUCUAG